GGACCCACUCAAGAGCUCCAUUCACCAUCGCGAAACGUGCAAGCAACUUGCAUUUUUUCGCAGCGAUGUUCCAGUCACACAACUUCGCCAUGUUUGCGCUGCUCAUCUUUGUUCGUAGUAUCUGCGGAGGGACAUCCUGAACUUCCUUGUCCAGUUGGGAUACAUAAGAGACACUCUCGAAUGCGCAUGGCUGCUCAGCGAUACGCAUCGACCAUGGCACCCAACACCCCGCCGGAGCUCGUCAAGACUUCCACGACCACACUCGGCCAACUCAUCGAAGAGGCAGUUGGCCUCCGCUCCGCUUGGCUCAAGCAGGUGCGAACGGCGCUGAACGACGUGCAAGCGAAAGAUUCGGCGGAUCCUCACCCAGAACUGAUGGUCAUACUGGAAGAUUGCGCAGCCCUGGUGUUCUACUACGACGUACGACACGCUUGUCUCAAAGCGGCAACGCAGGCCAUCGACAGCCAGCUGCAAGGGACCGCGCAGCGCGCUAUCGAUCUAAGCGGCAAGGCGCUGAAGACGCAGAUGAUGGCAAUGCGAAAUGCCUAUGCCAAGCGCUUGUUGAAGGCGCUCAAGCCUCUAGAAGCAGGGUAUGUAGUGACAGCAGAGCAGGUACAGGAGAUCUUCACGGCGGCUAGUCUCAUGGGUCCAAGCGACCUGACAAAUUCCGAGGAUGCGCCCAAGACCGUCGGUAAUGGUUUGCUUCUGCCUUUGAUACAGAAAGUUGACAAGGCCACCCAAGAAGAGCGAAUGGCUUUCAAUCUCAUGGCACAGAUGUACGACUUGGAUGUGCCGGAGGAUGGCUGCUAUGGAAGAUACCUUGCUCUGGCGAAGGAGAAACUGCAGAAUGAAGUCCUCAAGCAGAUUCGGGUGAUCAGGCGAUUGAUUGCGAGGGAGCCUAACGGCGCGUGGCCGGUUGAAGUGGCGGAGUUGAGACGCAGGGUUGUGGCGCUGAAGGAUAUGGAUGCCAUAUUGGCGGCCGGACUUGAUGAGGAGGAGGAGGAGGAGAAGGAGGGGGAUGGAGAAUCGAAGGUGGAGGCACUGUCGCUUGAGAGAUAGCACUCUGGUUGGUCCGCAGACCAAUCGGGACGUGGCAGGAAUGGUAUGUAAUAGCCUGCGGAUGCACAGACUGACGCGUGCCACUUGACCUGUGAACGCGCCAACGCGCCAUAGCAACCAUGCCCCUAAUCAAUACCCUCGUUGCUUGUGAGAUGUGAGAUGCCUGUCACGGAGAACAGGUCAGUGCCCGCAGAUUUACUGUAUAAAGCUGGAUACCACUUAUACAUAAGGGCACCGUUUACAAGCCGUCCAAUGCUCUUCCGUCCAGACAUCAUGUCCUCGACUCCCCUCAUCCACCUGUCUUGCGCGAGGUGCCAUAACGCACAAGCAGAAAGCAGAAAACUUUCAGCCUUUGAA